AUGGCUUUUCGACCGUUUCAUCCAUCCGCAGCUGACAGUAAAGGCAAGGUAAGUUCUGUAGCUGAAGUUUUAGGCUCUUUUCUCAAAGAUGUAGUAGUGAUUAGAAUUCCUUGGGCUUGAAUGAACCGCUUAAUUGACUGUUUACGAUGAAGCUCUUCAAGGAAGGGCACCAGCUACCAUCUGGUUGUAGAAUUAUCGAACUCGUCAACUGAUAGUAGACUAAUUCUAGUUUAUCUGCAUUUUCUUUCCUAUGUAAACACUGGGUUGUAGAAUUUGAAGGUUAAAAUGUGCGAGCGUGGAGCGCAGCAUGGGAACGAUACAAAUAUUGUUCCUUCUUUUCUCGAUUGACUAUGAAAAUCAUUUGUUUGGGUAAAUUGUCUGAGGUCAUUUUUUUGAUCCGAUUUGAAUGUAACACCUUGGAAUAUCUUUAUUGAGUUAAUCACAACUGGCGAUUUAUCAAAAUACGGACUUGAACAAAUUUGGUAGUAAAACGGCUUCCCACAAGAGGCAAGUGAAAUUGCAAGUCACGAUGCAACAUUUUCAUCUGUUCCUUGCUUUCGGCUCUUAGUGGUAGAUUUUACUCUCAAUUGUGAAAGAAAUUCUUGCCUCGAGAAGUAAACUGUGUUAGUAAAUUGGAUAUCUUUUUCGGGAUUGUUCCUCGGGAUUUUUUUCGAGGUUUUCUAGACAACAAUAGAUCAUUAGUACUUUCACGCGUGGUCUCGAAUAAAUUAUUUAAGGAUUAACAUUUGCAUUCACAAUACAGAAAUACUUUUUGUUCACCAACUAAAACAAAGCAUAAGUCACGAAGGCAGGUUUGGAUUAUGUGUGAUUUUUCGUUUACACGAUAAACUUUAGAACCAUAAAACUUAACAAAGAACUGCUUUCUUCUCUUGAAACCACAUAAGACUAAUCCGUCGCAAGAACGCUAUACAUAUUGACUGAGGUAAUUAAAUAUUGAUCGAAUUGCACAAACAUGAGUUGACUUGAGUGACAGCAAGUAACUGGCACUCUUUUUCCCGCCAUGAAUUUGGGAAAGAACACCUGGCAUAUAUCUUGCAGAUCAUAUGGCCAGUAUUGUGUUUUUCUCGCUUCGAGACUACCAGACUCCCCAGUAGAGUUGAAUGGGUCAAAACAUCCCGAUAGGAUGUCAGACUUAAUCAGUCCACUUAAUCAGCUUUGCACAGUGUGAUUGCAUGUAUGGAAAUGUCAAGAUAGCCGACGCUGAUUUUGGGUUUUCAUUAAUGCGUGUAACCACUGAACCAGCAUACAUGGAAUUUCGACGGUGGUAAACUCGCUGAGUCUUGAAAAAGCAAUUACUUUCGUGUUGCUGCUGGAAGGAAGAGAGCAGCGAAGUAAAUAAAUAAAAAGCAAAACAGGAAAACCGAAGAAUAAGGUCAAUGUCAUCUGCGUUUUGAUGGCCCGUGACGCACACCCCAGUCCUCACGGGUAAGGGAAAGCUUGUUGUUUUGCUUAGCUGUUGUUUCCACGUGGAGGGGGUGGGGGAUACGGUGGGUGGGGGGAUACGGUGGGUGGGGGGAUACGCUGGGUGGGGGGGAUACGGUGGGGGGGGGAUACGGUGGGUGGGGGAUACGCUGGGUGGGGGGGAUACGGUGGGUGGGGCGUUAUUGUAGGGAAAUUUUAGAAACUUCCAAACCGAAACUGUACUUUUGUCAGUUGCGGUCCCUAGUCUUCUUUUCCGUCUUCAAGAGAGUCCGAGAGCGCAAUCAUUUCUUUAGCCAAUUACACAAGAUUUUGUAUCAAAACUUUCACAACUUCCAAAGAUACAGAACAAUUACAAACCUCUCGAAUACGGGCUUUUGAGAAACUCUACUAUGGGACGAAAUCAGUGAAAUGGCCUUUCUGGAUCAGAAAAUAUUGAAGUCUAACAAAGAGGUCACUUUUAAAAGUUCAAAUAUUUAUAGGUCAGAUACCAGCGACUGGAGGUGGUGAUAGCGAGGAAAGGAGAACUCGAGAGAGAGGCACCCCUUACGUGGACGUUUAGGCGGCCAACAUUUUUUUAAACCUUUCCCCUACAACUGCAUUUUCAAAGCCAUAUCUGGAGUAAUAUAGACGUUGUUUUUCUUUUUUCUUUUUUUUUUCAGCUAACAAUUACAACGUAACUCUUUGGCACCGUAGCAUUUGCCCUGUGAUAAGUGCUGCUUUUGUCAUGUAAAUUCACUCAUCACAGACCUGCUCAAUGAUGCUAAUUGUGAAGCUUUUGUUUUAACUUUGCUUAUUCAAUUCAAUGCAAAUUAUUUUGGGCUUGGUAAAAAAUAACUCGCGCGAGAAACUAUAUCUAUAUCGUCUAUAUCAAACUUACUCGCGCUCCACGAAUUCGCAGGAUUCAUUUUUUAGUAAGGUAGAGUUUUAAACUUUUUUUUUAACAUGUGUAAAGUUUUUGUAUUACUACUGUAAACAUCCUAGCUUUUGAAAAUUGCAUGGCCAAGCAUGGCAUCAAUCGAGCCUGUCAGUAACGAUUGUUUGUAUCAGUUCAGAUACUUAUGUUUAGCGAGAAAAAUUGCGACCAAUUUCCUCAAUUCGCUCUAAUUCUACUAACUGCGUUGGUUUUUAGGGUUUUUAAGGAGGUACAAGUCAGAGGACGUCAACUUUACUUCGCUAGAUGCGAAGCAAACCGAAAUUGUUUUGAUGUGGAUAAUACCAUGUACAAUUAUUUGCUAAAGAAGUUGGCAAGAUUUUAGUUACAAUCCCGUAUGUUAUUGUGUAUACGGUUCUUUGAUAAAAGAAAGCGGUGACAAAAGCAAUAGAUUACUUUUGGAACUGCCUCUUUGUUUUGAGAAUUGUCUAGAGAUAUCCGAAAUCUCUCUCAACUAAUAUUCGCAUGUUUGACUCUAAUUACGUUCGACGGAAAGCGGAAUGAAAGCUUCUUCUUCAAUUAAUUAUUUAUUACUGUAUUUUCAUCUAAUCCUAUUCAGUAAAACUUUCAAAACAAAACUAAAGAGGUUUUAGAAUAAUCACUGUGCGUAUCUGCGGCGAAAAAUUCACUUAUUUUUACUUUUUACUGAUCUAUAAAACAGAGCAUAGACUGAAGCUUUAAGAAUUAAUAUUUCUCAACCUGUCAAUUAGAUGGCCUCUAAGUGGGACAAAGAGACGGCGAGGGACAUCUGUGCUUGGAUUCAGAGAGCCACAGGAGAAUCUGUCCCCUCGGACGAUCCUACUUCCUUUGCUGAGACGUUGAACGAUGGUCAAACACUCUGCAAGUAAUGUCUGAGUAUUUUGUUUGUGUAGUCACAGAGGCAUGAACGUUUCAAAUUUCUUUCGCUUAUUUUUCAAGACAAAGGUUGCUUCUUUUUGUUUUUCUUUGACAUUUGGCGUAGGAAAUAGUUCACUUUUUUGUGCUGAAUAUGUGCUCUAAACCCAUAUUAUGCUCAGAUAGGCAAAAACUUGCUCGAUGUUGCUAAAAAUUGCAUAAAUGUAAAAAGUUACUCAAACAUUGCUGAGCACAAUAGGAACAGGCCUACUUACCGACCGAAAUUGAUUCCCUGACGCAUGCCCGACGUUUGACCUCUGUGUUGCCUUAACCAAUCUUGACACGGAUACUUUACUAAUUCGGAAACUCCUAUUUGGAAAAUUAUUUUCAAUUCAAGUUGAAGAAAUUCAUGUUACUUAAACUGUUACAUUGGUUUUUUUCAUUUUUAUCUUGCGAUGAGUGAAGGCUAGCCAAUCAGAUAAAACCAGGCGCAAUAAAGAAAAUAAACAAAAUGAAGAUGCCAUUUCACAAGGUACGUCGGUGCAAAUUUGAUGCGUGUCCAUUGUAGAAAAUAGUCGCUUUUUCUAUUUUAGGAUGGUUAUACUUUUUCCCAUAAAGCUUUUCUAGACUAAGAACAGUCGGGAAACCGGGAAAAAAUAAAAUUGAUGUCAGCGUGCCUCCUUGUACUUUGGUGUUCUGCGCUAUGCGCUAACAUCGAUAUUUUUUUUGCCUUUUGUUUUGGUUUUUUUGCCUUUUGUUUUGGUUUUUUUUUGGACCUGCGGGACCGAUUUUGCCGAGAAGGAGGGAAUGCUCGCACUCUUCAGCUUUUUAAAUUUAGUUUCAGUACUUUUAUUUCAGUUUCGAGUACCAAUUAGCCUACUUCAAGUAGAGACGUUCUCAUCGGUGGAAUUGGCGACAUAGAACAUACCAAACUACAUACUUGUAUCAAUUCGGUUAUAUGAGAUUUAUUUGUAAUAAAUUUGGCCAGUUUCCUCAAUGAAUACAUCAAAGUAUUUUCUCCUGAAUUCAUAUUAGCUGCAACAAUAUUCUAUCUCAUUGCUCUCUUAAACAGUUUUUUGAUCCUCUUCGCAGAUGGAAAACAUUGGGUGGUUUAGUGAUUUUUUGAGAGAGUAUGGUGUGCAAGCGGAGUAUAUAUUUGUCACAGUAGAUCUCUACGAGAAACAAAAUGUUCCACAAGUGAGUAAAUACUCCGUCGUUUUUGGGCUUAUAAAAUGAAAACACCCUUCAAAGUUAAAGAUUGUUAAAGUUCAGGGUGUAUUUCUACCUUGUUUCGUGUUAAGGGAAAUAUCAGAAGAAGCCACUAAAAACUCACCAAACAGAUGCAAAACUAAAACGACUUGUUCACCCGCAUUUUCCCGCGCUACGGGCAGUUUUCUUCAUUUUAUUUUGACUUUUCAUUGGUUCUAAGAGUAUUUUCCUUUCUUCUAGUUUUUCGUAGCGAUAAUCUUGGUUUUGUUUUUACGGCAUUCAAUCGAAGGGCGCUCUGAGCAAGAAAAGAUCAAUUAAUUGCAAUUAGCCGACCCCGUAUCCUCUUCCGUGGCCCGAGUCAAUUUGGGCCACCUUAAAUUCUCUUCUGAAUAAAAAUACAAGCGUUUUGAGUACUUGCCUGGAGUUUCUCAGACUUUGGAAAUUUUUUUGUUUGCAGGUUCUUAUUGCUUUGAAAUGGCUGAAAAUAGAGGUAAGAGCUUAAUAAAUAUAUCUGCCAAUGUUGUCUGUAGACACAAUUUAUAUAAAGUACCCAAGUUCACCCCGUAUGAAAUUCGCCCUCACCGAAUUCACUCCCGGGUGAAGAGAUGCACUGUGGGAGUUAAGUGUUUUAAUCAAUAAUGCAACCCAGCGUACUUAACACCAGGCCACCUCUGUUCUCAGUAGCGAAACAAGAUGGCAGGUUUAGCUUAGGAGCAAGGUGCUGCCUUGGUUAAAUAAUUGUAUUGAUUUUUGAAGCGAAAGGGCCGUCAGUUCUGAGACUUUGAAUUAUUUUAAAAGGCUGUGGUUUUUGACGCAGGAGGGAAAAUGGAAACGGAAAGGAAACAAAACGAAUUCGGACGUGCGAGGGGAGUGGGCCUAAGGGAAGUUUAGACAAAAAUAGAGAGACACUGAGUUAUUUUUGUAAAGUAGAUUUGCGGGAAUUGCAAAAAAUGAAUUAAGAAAAAUUUCGGCUAGAUAUUUUUAAGAUGCAUAACCUCCAUUUCAGAGAAAGAGAAGAUAUAAUAAGGACUGAAAGUUGUAAAAAGACUGGAAUUUCAAAAAACAUCCAAGAACGCUAAAGUUACAAAGCCUGCCCUUGGUACAAAAGUGUGCUAUCCUUUUUAAGGAAAGAGGCCGCCAAAAUUUAUAUUUUGGAUCCUUUUUCAUCGCAAUGUAAAAAUUAAGUUAAUGUCAAGUUAAUUUUUCUUUUUCAGUCGGAGAAAAAAGGUGUCAAGCUAUGAGGAACCAUUUUCAAGCUCUCUUUGGCGUAUAUUGUAACUUUCUCUUAGACAUGUCUUAGAUUUUAUUUUUCAUCUGUUUCAUGAAAAAUUAUCCGGUUUCAGAGAUAGAGCUUAGCAGUGUAAACGUUAUUCAGGGCCUUUUUUUGUGGAUGAUGUGCCUUGUCGUAGUUUCAGUCUAAAAGUAUUGUUUUUAAGUUAGCAGACAAUUUUGUCGGAAUCGAGGCUGGAAGAGUGGUUAGACAGUAUCAUAUUUAUUUUGGAAUUUACCUUUCCCGUCGUUGACGUGAAGAUACAUUAACUUUAAGUUGCGGUCAAAGUGUACGUGUUGGGUUAGAAAAGUAAUUUUAUGUGUUGUAGUGAAGAAAUAAGUUAUGAAAGUUAUACAAAGAAGUAUUAAACCUGAAGUGGGUCGACAAGUUAUGUUACCGCUUGGAGAAAAAAGUAAUUACAGCCAAUCGCAGGAAAACAUGUGUGACGUGUCAAACGCGGGAAAACAUGCAGUCAAAGUAAGCGCGGGAAACGUGUAACCAGUUUCAAGCGCAGUUGCGUGCGGGAAGGUAUGUAACUAGUCAAAGCGCAGCAAAUUUGUCACCAGUCUCAAGCGCGGUUGUGCGCGUGAAGAUAUAUAACCAGUGAAAGCGCGG